UUUUCUCCCACUUCCUGCCACUGCGCAUGUCUAUAGUGCAUCUUGUGUGGUGAAUUAGGCAACACGUGGACUCAGUCUAGUAGUAUUGCCAGCUGCCGCCAUGAUCCGCCCAUCUUCUCCAGACGUGGUUCGGCCCAACCUGCCUCUGAGAAAACCCACAACCAACCCUGGCGGAGCUCCCACCGCCAGCAGCGCAACUACCACUUUUCUGAGGGGUGCUAUGCUUUCAUUGACUGAAAGGAACGAAGAUAUGUUGGGGGAAUCCAUGCCUCCACUGAGGAAAGUGAACUUUUGUAAUUUCUGUGGUCAGCAAGCUAAUUUUCGAUGCAUGCGGUGCAAGAAGACUUUCUACUGCUCUGUGGUAUGUCAGUCUGAAGACUGGAGGGCACACAGACACAUUUGUAAGGCCAGCACUCCAGCUCCUGCAAAAGAAACUCCUGUGGAAGCCAUAGUUUCGCCAGUGGUAGGAGACAGAACCAGCCAGCCAGAGCCGAAGAUGAACCAGGGUGAUGCAUCCACCCCUCAAAGGGUUUAUUUGAGGGACCUGGAGAUGACUACACUUGCUAAAGGAACAGAAAUCCAGGCGACAGUGUUGGAACUCCACAGCCCAAGCAAGUUUUUCCUCCUUGCCCAGAGCCCUGAGGUGCUGGACGCUCUGCACCAAAUUACCACUGAGCUGCAGAAGACCUACAGCGGCUGCUCAUCAGUGACAGCAUAUACACCCAACCUGGGGGAGGUCUGCGCUGUUCAGUUCUCCCAUGAUCUGAAUUGGUACCGAGGCCUGGUUCAAUCUAUGGCUGCUGAUCAGAAGACAGCUAGCAUCCUUUACAUUGACUUUGGCAAUGAGGAGGAUGUUCCUUUGAACAGGAUCCAGCCCCUGGCAACCAAUAUCAAGCGUGCUCCUCCCUGUGCACUGAGGUGCUGUGUUGCCAGAGUGGUGCCACCAAGUGACACCUGGACAGGGGAGUGCUGCAUAGUGUUAAGACAGGCUGUUACUGGCAAGAACCUGACCGUUAGUGUGGUGGGCUUACUGGAGAGUGAUCACGUCCAUGCUGUGGAUAUUCUGCUUCCUUUCAUGGGCAAGCAGCUGAGCACAUUUCUCAUUGAAUGUGGUUAUGCGCUUGAGGAGGAAACCAAUGUGAAACCAACAAAGCAAGAAAUAAAUGCCCUGGAGAAUGCCUCCUUGGAAAACUUCAAGCGUUUGUCCAACGGGAAGGAUGAUAACACUUGGGCCCAGCCACCGGAGCCACUGACUCAGGCACUGGGUGACUCCUUCUCUGUUGUGGUCACCCACCUCCAGUCACCCCUUGACAUUAUAUGUCAGAAGGUGGAGAAUGCUAGUGUGAUCCAGGAGCUGCAGCUGAAGCUGAGGGAACACUGCCUCCAGCUCCCUGCCAGCCAGAACUUCAGACCAGCCCCUGGCACCGCCUGCUGUGCCCAGUUUUCAGAGGACAACCAGUGGUACAGGGCUAAAGUGCUGGCCUAUUCAUCUGAGGAGCGUGUUUGUGUCGGCUACAUUGAUUUUGGUAACUCUGAGGAGGUGGAUCUGGCCUGCCUGCGGCCCCUCAGCACCUCACUGCUGGCAUUGCCUAUGCAGGCUAUCCCGUGUGCUCUAGCAGGCGUGCAACCGGUAGGGGAAUCCUGGUCGGAGGCGUGUGUGUUGGCCAUGCAGUCCAUAGUGUCCAACCGCAUCUUAUGUGUGAAGAUCAUGGGAGGGCGUGAGGACAAGGCUUUGGUGUCCCUGAUCGAUGAGGCCAGUGACCCUCAGGCCAAUGUGGCCGAGGUGCUGAUCUCUGCUGGCUACGCUGCCCCCAGCACCAGCUGCAACCAGCCGGCCGAGCAGGCGAUGACUGCUGCUGGAGACGCACAGGCGUCUGGACAAGCAGAAGAGCCACUGGUGUGGUCUUGUGCUGAGCUUCCCACUGAUGGCCAGACAGUGGCGCUGCUGGUCAGCGUCGUGGAGAACCCUGAAGAGUUUUACUGCCGCAUUCACAAUCCUAAAGACCAUGAGAUGUUGAUCGAGCUGGGGGCUCAACUGAAGCAGCACUGCAAGGCAGACGCCCCACCUUUCAGCCCCAAAGCAGGAGAGCCCUGCUGUGCGAUGUUUUCUGGUGAUGGGGCAUGGUACCGGGUUAUGGUCAAAGAGGUGUUUGAAGAACAUGCGUCAGUCUACUAUGUGGACUAUGGCAACAACAGCUGGGUGUUAAAGAGUGACCUCAGAGCCAUAACACCCCGACUCCUGAAACUCCCCUUUCAGGCCGUCCGCUGCUGGCUUGCAGGUGUGCUGCCGCGUGGUUUAGAGUGGAGCAAGGAAGCCCUGCUUUGGUUCCAGACGUUGGUGGACGGCCGGCAGCUUUCUGCCCGCGUCCUCUCUGUCACUGAUCGUGGCUAUGGUGUGGAGCUGGAGAGCAACGGGCAGAGUGUGGCAGCCACUCUCAUAUCAGAGCAGCAGGGACGGUCCUCCACACAGGCUGUGCAGCUCUCUGUUCCCACACCCAGAGAGACCCAUGCAACCACUGGCACUCUUGCCAAAAACCCAGAGAGUAUGAUAGAAAAGGAGCAGAGUCACUCACAGGUCCAAGCCUCUAAUGUGACAGGAGCCAGCACCAAGGAUGCACCAGCUGAGGAGCCAGCUGUGGCAGCACCGUCUGCAGCUUCUUUCCCAGUGGACUGGAAGACUGUGGAGCUGCCUCUCAAUCAGACCUUUGAACCUUGCGUUGCAGCGGUCAUCAGUCCUUCUCUCUUCUACAUCUUGAGUCCCAGCCAGGUGGACGUGAAGAAGCUUCAGCAGUUGAUGAUGGAGCUGGCUACCUACUGCAACAGCAACCAGGCCUCGUAUUCUUCUUCUGCUGUCCAGAAUAAACCAGCGCCUGCAGCUGCCUGCUGCACUCAGUUUUCUGCUGAUAAUAACUGGUAUCGUGCGGUGGUCCUGGAGGCUGAAGAGAAUGAAGUCAGCGUUAUCUACGCCGACUAUGGCAACACUGAGAAGGUGCCAUACUCCAGAAUCAUGCCCAUCCCUCUGCACCUGCUGGAGCUCCCCUUCCAGAUCACCCGCUGUGCCCUCAGUGGUAAAGAGCACUUCCCUGCAGUUUGGCCAGUGGAAGUGGUGGAACUGUUCAAAUCUCUGCUCUCAGAGGGCGUCCUCGCCACUGUCCAGUCCUUUGACGGCUCCACUAACCUUCUCUCAGUCACACUCAGCACUGAAAGGGGUCGGGGGCAGCUCAAUGCAAUGAUCUUAGAUGGGCUGCAGGCCCAGACCAGGCAUCUUCCCAGCCCGACUCCCACCCUGAAGGCUGACCACCCUAACAACAGCACAUCCAGCACCACUCCUGUAGCAGCACCUGACCAGCCUCAGCCUGCUUCAGUCACUGAAACUUAUAAGGGGCUGGAAAGUACAACAUUUACCACCAGCAGCCCAGCCAUGGCUCUAGGGCCAACGCAGACUCCCCAGCAAAAGGAUAAAGUUGAGGAUGCAGUACAGAAGGUUAUUGAGCAAAUGGAGCCACCAUGUGGAGCUCCAUCAUGCAAAGUCAACACAAAGACUACUGCCUCAGGUCCUGCAACUUCUGGCUGUUGCUGUCUGGAACUGAAGACCAAGAUUGACCACCUGGAACAGCUGAUGCAGCAGCAGCUUUCUCUUAUCAAGCAAAUGGCUAGACAGUAAAAAUGUUGAAAAUCACAAAUAACAAAGCCUUACAAUGUUGUUAACUGUUAUGUGGAUCUCAGUGUGUUCAUUUUUUUUUCUUAUCAUUUUUGUCCUCAUCCAAAUCAAGUUUAAUGUUAAAGUGUUGCAGCCCAGCAAAUUGUUCUAUUUCCUUGUUUCUGUUCUUGCACUCUUGCUCGGGGCUUUUAUGUUUUUUACUUACGGUCAAACUUCCAUCAUGUUUGUAUUUUAUUUUUUAUUUCUGAUUUUAUUAUUUAUUUUAAUCUGGUUCUCAGAAAAUGACACUGCACUUUGAUAAUUUGGUUGUUCUGUUAUGCAAGUCAUAUGUACAAGAUACAAUAAUGUUAAAACCUCAACUACUUUUUCUUCUACAUUGACUUCUGGAGAGAGAGAGAGAAAGAAAGAAAAAAGCUGUUCACUGUUAACAUUGCAAUGCAUGCUGUAGUGCCAUCUGUUUCUUUGUUCAUUCCAUCUGUUCCACCAGGGAUGGCCUGCCUGACUGAUUUGUGUUUGACAUGUCUGAGCUUUAAGAUAAAAGUUCUGUAGAAAA